AGUUCGUAAAGUUGGUGCCUUCUAGUUUGUUGGAAAUCAUGUUUAAGCCGGAAAAUUACGGGCUUAGCCCGGAUUUCCGGCUCACCAAAUUCUCCACCCUACGUGGGUGAGGUUCGAAAGUUCCUCAGGAUGUCUUAAACCGACUUCUUGCAGGAGUAUACACCGAACAGUUAGCUGAUAAGAAGGAGGAAAAAGAUUCCGCCGAAGGUGUUGGAAUUGGAUUGGAUUCAUCCGUCAUUGCCCUGAAGAAUGAGCUUUUCCUGGUACAGUCUGUCGAUUUUUUCUAUCCCCUCAUCGACGAUCCAUUUAUGCUCGGAAAAAUUGCCCUGGCCAAUGUCGUCAGCGAUGUGUUUGCAGUUGGUGCUACCGAAAUUGAUGAGAUCAGACUGAUCGUUAGCGCGCCGACCGAGUUCAACGAUAAAGAACGGGAGGUAGUCGUGCCGAUGGUGAUGAAAGGUUUCCUCGAGGCGGCGAAAGAGUGCAAGGCCCCGGUGAAGGUGGGAAGUAUUGCGGAAAACCCUUGGUGUAUCAUUGGUGGUGUUGCCACGGCCGUUUCCCACCGGUCCGAGCUAAUUAUGCCUUAUCACACAGAGGUUGGCGAUGCGCUUGUUUUGACGAAACCACUUGGGACGCAGCUUGCCACAAAUGCUUACAUUUGGAUGAAUGAAAAUUCGGAAAAUUGGACCCGUCUGCAGGAGCGAUUCAGUGUGGCCGACAUCGAGGAAACCUAUCGCAUCGCACUGGAGUCGAUGACACGGCUCAACAGAACCGGUGCCGAGUUAAUGCGGAAGUACAACGCACAUGCCGCUACGGACGUGACGGGCUUCGGCAUACAUGGGCACGCGGAAAAUCUGGCAGCGUUCCAGAAAGCUGAGGUCGAUUUCCACAUCCACACGCUACCCAUCAUUAAAAACGUACGGGAGAUAGCUGAGGUGUUGGGAAGAAGCGCCAAGCUGUUGUCGGGCAAAGCAGUGGAAACAAGCGGUGGCUUACUUAUUUGUCUUCCUUCGUCUCAAGUGGUUCCUUUUUGCGAAGAGUACCGCAAUCGAACGUCCCAUACGGCAUGGGUGAUAGGAAAAGUUGAAGCAGGAAAGCGGACGGUGACGAUGAAUCCAAAUGUACAGUUUUUGUGUGUUGAUGAUUCAUAACAUCGAAUCGACUGCAUUGAAACCAGAAGGAUAGGUAAAGCGUAUGAAGCAAAUUUCAUAAAAGCUUAAAGAGCUGGGGAAUUUGUGAAAGCUUUCUUUAUCGAUCUUUCUCUUUAAUGUUUGUGGAUUUGGAAUGUUAUGACGACAGCAUGCGUCUCGAAAAAUUAUGAGCAAUUGAUGAACGCACAAAAUCAAAAUAUAUUUUGAGGUUUUUAUGGAUGUUAUAAAGCUUAUUUACAUUUGAUCACUAAUUAACCAACUUCAAUACAGAGAA